CACUUGAUGCCCCCGUCAAAUAUUAAUGCGCUGCUCGCUGUGCUCCCUGCUCCACCCCAGCGCUGCAGCCGCAGCUCCGGCUCACUCCGGGGCUGCCAGACCCCUUCGGCCUCCCCUUUUUGAGGAGGAUUUUUGGGGUGCAGCUGGACCCACCUUUGGCUGAUGCCUGGGUAGGACAGGACAGCAUCUGACCCCUCGGCGGGGACUCUUGUUGCCUCCCGUCCCCGCAGCCGGCUCAGCCCCUCACGGUGGGAGGAGCCCCCAGCCCGGCAGGGAUGGAGCCAGCCAGGUCUGUGCCGGCACAGCUGAAGCUCCGCAACCCCCCGCAGCGGGCCAGGAUCCCGGCAUCCUUCCUCGCCCACUCGGAGGCCGCCGGGCCCCGCUCCGAGGUGGACGCGGAGUCUCUGGUCCCGGCGGAGGACGCGCAGGGCCGAGCGAUCCCCGAGUGGAAGCGGCAGGUGAUGGUGCGGCGGCUGCGGGCGCGGCUGGACGAGGCCGCGGGCGGGCAGGGCUCGUGGCGGCCGGGGCCGUUCGGAGAGCUGCUGAGCGAGGAGGACCUGCGGCAGCUGGAGCGGGAGGUGGAGAGCCUGCGGCUGCGGCGCCGCGGCGAGGAGUACCAGGGCGAGCUGCGGCGCCUGGCCGGGGAGCUGCGGGCGCUGCUGCCCUCCCCGCUGCUGCACCUCUCCGUGUGCAGCCCCCCGCCCGCCCCCGGGCAGCCGCUGCCCGUCUGGUGCGGCCGCCUGGCCGGGGCCGUCAGCAGCCUGGCUGCCUUGCUGGGGCGGGCGGAGCCGGGAGCGGCUGCCCGGCCCGCAGCCCUCUAUCCCGCAGCACUCUAUCCCAUCCUUUCCCAUCCCUCAUCCCCCCAUCCUUCAUCCCUCUAUCCCGCAUCCCCGCAUCCCUCAUCCCCCCAUCCCACAUCUCCCCAUCCCACAACCCCGCACCCCGCAUCCCCCCAUCCGUCCUCCUAUCCUGCAUCCCCCAAUCCCUCAUCCCCUCAUCCCGCAUCCCUCUAUCCCACAUCCCUCUAUCCCCCGUCUCCCCAGCCCGCAUCCCCCUAUCCCAUCUCCCCCAGUCCCUCCUCGGCUGCUCCCCACCUCGGACACUCCCGGGGCCCCUCCAGCAAUGCUGCCGAGCGGGAGAUCCGCCAGUGCGGGGUUUGUGUCCGCAGCCUCCGCGGAGCCUUCGAGCCUGAGUUUCGGAGGGGAGAAGUGACCGCCGGCAGCGGGACGGUGUCCACCGGCAUCCCCAGCCAGGAUGCGCUGGACGGCGGCUGGACGGGAGCGGAGCAGGGCAGCCUGAGGAAGGAGCGGAUCGUGCUCCUCUUCCUCAGCCACUGGAGACGCUCUGCUUAUGACCCGACGCCACUGGACCCUGGGGAUGGGGGCGGCGGGGGCACAGCCCGCUUGGCACGGCAGCGAGCGGCCAUCCAGAAGCUUCUGGGCGGCUGGCGGGACGCUGCUCGCCGUUCCCCACCACCCCCACCACCCCCUGGUCGUGUCCCGCUCUCCCCGGAGCAGUUUGUGUCGAAAGCCGGAGGGGGCCCAGCCGACUACGAGAGCCUCUCGCUGGAGCUCUUCAUGCUGGGUUAUUUUCGCAUCCUGGAGCAGGAGCUGCCCCCGGACGAGCGGCGAGGUCGCCACCUCCUCUGCUUCGAGGUGUUUGAGCAGCUGGGGAGGCACGGUUGGCGGGUGGUUCGUGCCUUCCACCGCGCCGUCACCGAUGAGAUCGCUGCUGGCCGCCGGGAGUGGCGAGACGGCUUCGAGGACAUCAAAGCCAGGUAUUUCGGGUCCCCUCAAAGCUCGGCCCCGCGGCCGGGGGAAGACGGGGAAGACGGGGACGAGAUCUGCCGCUACAUUGACCGCAGCUUCGCCUUCUGGAAGGAGAAAGAAGCCGAGAUCUUCAGCUCGGAGGAGUGAGAGUGCAAUAAAUGCCUUUUUGGUUCUGUCUGA